ACAAGUAUGGGUUUGGAUUUGGUGGAACCGGAAAGAAGUCACACGCAAAGCAGUUUGACAACUAUGGAGAGCCUUUUGGAAUGCAUGAUGUGAUAGGCUGCUACCUGGACCUUGACAGCAUGCAGAUCAAGUACUCCAAGAAUGGCAAUGACCUUGGAGUAGCCUUCACCAUCCCAGCUUCUCUCAGGGAUGUAGCUUUCUUCCCCGCCGUAGUCUUAAAGAAUGCUGAAAUUUCAUUCAACUUUGGAGCACAGCCAUUCAAGCACUCCCCAGCGUCAGGAUUCACUGCUGUGUGCCAAGCUCCCAAGAACAAUGUGAAGAACUCUGAAGUGUCUGGCACAGCUGCUGUCGUCACUAAGAAAGUUAAUAAUGCUCCCCAGGCUAUCAUUAUUGAGCCUUCCAGGGAAUUGGCAGAGCAGACAUACAAUCAGAUAGUGAAGUUCAAGAAGUACUUAGAGAGUCCCAAGACCAAAGAACUGCUAGUUGUUGGAGGAGUACAAGUUAAAGAUCAAAUUUCUGCACUUAAUGCUGGGGUGGACAUUGUGGUGGGCACGCCCGGGCGCAUGGAAGACCUGAUAUCCGGAGGUAAACUGUCGCUGACUCAGUGUCGCUUCUUCGUACUGGAUGAAGCGGACGGGCUGCUCAAGCAAGGGUACACUGAACUCAUUGAUCGUCUGCAUCGGCAGAUCCCUAAGAUUACGUCUGAUGGCAAACGCCUACAGAUGAUGAUCGUGUGCUCGGCCACACUUCAUGCUUUUGAAGUAAAAAAGAUGGCGGAACGACUGAUGCAUUUCCCGACUUGGGUUGACCUGAAGGGGGAGGAUGCAGUGCCUGAGACUGUACACCAUGUUGUGGUUAUGGUGGAUCCACAGAAGGACAACUCCUGGCACAAUCUGCGGAAACAUGUACCAGACUGAUGGCGUACACCACAGUGACAAUGUGCGACCUGGCAAUAACA